AUGUUGAAUUCUAAUCAUUACUUUCAAAGGAAAGCAUCUCUAAAGCUCCUUCAUCAAGAGUCCAGACUGGGAGCAGGCAAGCGGCUAUCCAACACCCACUCAGGCUGCUCUUCUUCUUCUUAACACAUCAAUUCUGUAGAUGGGGGCAUUUGUGUUUGCACGCUGCAUCUUCAAGUUUGGAUAGAAUAGAAAGAAAAGAAGGGAAGGAGUGAUACCAUGAGGCUGAUUCUGGUUAAGCCCACUAAUGCAACAAGACGUCUUGACUCAACAGGCGAAGUCUUCCAAGAUGGAGAACAUCAACAUUGUGCUACAGGAGGCCCUGAGGAGAAACACGAUCCAUUCUCUGGGUUCCCAGGCAAAACAUCUUCAUCCCCACAGAAGACGAGUCGCUGCUGUGCUUCAGCUUCCCUCCAUGAGAAAUCUAAUGGAAUCAGUCCUCCAAGAGGUUCGGCUCAGAGGUCACCUCCGAAAGCCCAGAACCUUUCGCUGUCACAGCUGAGUGACCAAGACUGGCAGCUGCUUUGUGGCGAGGAUCCACCCUCAAUAGGAAUAGCGGAAGAUAUUGUGGAAAAUCCAAACCACAUGGACAGAUGCGGCUGCCCCUGUCCUGAUGCUUUUCAUCAUUCUGACGUUUUAAGCUUACAGCUACAGUCAAAUAAAGAAAGUGUCUCAAGAGUCAGAAAUAAGAGAAGUGUUUCAUCACCUCAUACACUGCCUUUCUCUGAAAGCACCCACCCAUCCACCAUAUGCCAGGUCUCAGCACAGCAGACAAAUCACAAAGGUCUUCGCAAACCUCUUACGAACCACCCGAAGAACAUCAUCGUGCCUCAGUGCUCUGACCAAGAUGGUGAUAAAGAACAGUGUUGCAAUCAUUCUAAUGUCAGAGACUUCAGCCAAGUAACUCAUUCAAAGGUGUUCAACAUUCCUCUAAACUCGGCUCAAUGUGCUAUAAUGAAUAAGAAACUUUCUGAAGUCAGCUCAGAUGUAAACUGGAGAGAGGUUUUUGGCAAAAAACCGCUUUUGGUGCAGCAGCCUCAAAGGAAAGACUCUCACUGCUCCUCAUCCGGUGAUCAAACAUGGAAGCAUUCUGGAGAGUCAUCAUUUGUGCUCAAGUGUCGACAUCUUCCUUACAGUCGCCUGACCAGAACACCGUGGGGAAAGAGGUCAGCUACACCAGCUAGUCAGAAAAGUUUCACGUCUUUCUCCACCAGCCAGUGUAGUUUACUUGAAAACCAAGAUUUAGUCAGGAGAUCAAGAGAGCAAGAAAGUCAGGAACCCUCACAGCAUCUUUUUGGAUCCAAACUAUCCCUCCCCAAACCCUUUCCUUCACUUCCUGACACCUUAGAAACAGACAACUUCCAAAACGGGGAUGCAGUGCGUCCACUCAGCAGCCUGGGUACUUUAAGCUCUAGUUUCGCAGAUUUUCCUUCAGACCAGCAGCAACUUCAGCUGCUUCACAGUGCCAUCCUGGAGUCUACCUUCUCCAAGGUAAUCGGAGAAGACUCCAGUAAGGCCAACAGUGAGAACCCGAUCAAAGCGGAAGGAAGCAAACCACAGAAGAAGACGAAGGAUAUCAGCUACCGGCUGGGACAGAGGAGAGCUCUCUUUGGGAAGCGCAAACAACUGAGCGACUAUGCAUUGGUCUGUGGGAUGUUUGGUAUCAUUGCCAUGGUCAUCGAGACAGAGCUUUCAAGGGCUUUUUACACUAAGGAAUCCAUUUAUUCUUAUGUACUGAAAGGCUUGAUCAGCAUUUCCACUGUAGUUCUUCUUGGACUUAUUCUGAUGUACCAUGCAAGGGAAAUACAGCUUUUCAUGGUAGACAACGGGGCAGAUGACUGGAGGAUAGCCAUGACCUUUGAGCGGAUUCUCUUCAUUGUGUUGGAGCUCCUUAUCUGUGCCAUCCAUCCAAUUCCAGGCCAGUAUGUUCUCACCUGGACUGCACGGCUGGCUUUCAGCUACACAGCAUCUGUGGCAGAUGCCGAUGUGGACAUCUUUCUUUCUGUGCCGAUGUUCCUGCGCCUGUACCUGAUUGGGCGCGUCAUGCUGCUCCAUAGCAAGCUGUUCACAGAUGCCUCCUCGCGCAGCAUCGGGGCCCUCAAUAAGAUUAAUUUUGACACUCGUUUUGUGAUGAAGACUCUGAUGACAAUUUGCCCCGGGACUGUCCUGCUGGUCUUUAGUGUGUCUUGUUGGAUAAUUGCGGCAUGGACAGUGCGUGUAUGUGAGAGCAGGUAUCAUGAUGCCCAGGAAGUAACAAGCACCUUCCUAGGAGCAAUGUGGUUGAUCUCCAUCACUUUCCUGUCCAUUGGUUAUGGAGACAUGGUCCCUCACACCUAUUGCGGGAAAGGAGUUUGUCUGUUAACAGGAAUUAUGGGAGCAGGUUGUACAGCUUUGGUGGUGGCUGUUGUUGCCAGGAAGUCAGAGCUCACAAGAGCUGAAAAACAUGUCCAUAACUUCAUGAUGGAUACUCAGCUUUACAAAAAGAUAAAAAACACAGCAGCAAAUGUUUUAAGGGAGACCUGGCUCAUCUACAAAAACACAAAGCUGGUCAAAAAGAUUGACCACGCCCGUGUUCGCCAGCAUCAGCGAAAAUUCCUGCAGGCCAUUCACCAACUGAGAAGACUCAAAAUGGAGCAAAGGAAACUAACGGACCAGGCAAAUACUGUUGCUGAUCUUGCAAAGACUCAGAACAUGAUGUACGAUCUGGUGUUGGACCUGCAGCAUCGAAGUGGGGUGCUAGACAGGAGGAUCGUGGCUCUGGAAGAAAAACUGGACUCCAUCCUUCUCGGAGUGCAGUCGCUGCCAGUUGUGCUUUCUCAAGCAAUAGCAAAACUACAAAAAGAUUUCCUGGACGACCUAGCCUGCCGCGUUCACUUCUUGUCGUCCUCACUGAGCUCGGAGUGCUUUUCAGCACAUCCCAAGCAACUUUGUCCAGGAUCAAGCACACCAGAGACACCAUACAGCUGAGAGGCCUCUCUGGUUUUUGACAGAUUUUUCAUGUUGCUAAGAAUUGUACCAAAAACCACAACAGUGAUAAUUUCCCUUUGGAUAAAAAAUCUUAAUAAUUAGACUUCAUACAAAUUUGCAAACCUUGGUCAUAUGCUCAGGAUGUUACAGUUAGUGCAAUGACAGAGCUUUUACAUCUGCACGAAAAGAAAUAAUUUGAUAAAACAAGAGUCUGAGAGUCGUCAGCCCAGACCGACUAAAUUUGUCAGCCUUCUGCUCUUAUUGUUUAGCAACUGAGAUCACUCUAGCAAAUGAAGCCGUUUAGAGAAGGUACUGUGGGUCUUUAAUAAAUCUUUAAAAAACAUCAACAUUUAACUUUAAACAGUACAAAAUAAAGACUGUCAUGUGUCCAGUGUGUUACUUUGUUCAAUGUAGAGAAAGCUAAAUAUCUUCUGUGAGUGUCAAUACACUUUAAAGGUAGUAAUAUAUAUAUUUAUUUUAAAUGCUCUUAGAAACACUACUCUGCCAGAACUGUUCAGUGCUCUUUUCAGUCUACAGCUACUGCGUUUACAAAUAUCAGGUUAUUUUCACAAGUCAAGUCUAUUAUUCUAACCAAAAUUUUUAUUAAUUCUGGCUAAUGUUUGAUUCACCUCUAAAGGACAUUUCCUGGUAUUUGUCUGUGUAGAUUUAGUGCAAUUUUGGGUGACUUAGCGAAAUAAAUUGGAUGAACACAAGGAGAAUAUUUAUUCAUGCUUUUUACUUGCUUUUAUUUAUCAUUUUCUACAAGAAUAAAACAAGGCAUUACACAAAUACUUUCUUAGUAAUAGGGAAAUGUUGGCUUUGUAAAAUAGAACUCAAAGUGCAAAGAAAUCAAUAAAUAUAAAUAUUGUAUUUGAGAUUAUAUAGAAAAAACAAAAUCAAUCAUGGACUGAAUUGUUUAUUUAUUGUCCAUUGUUUGUACAUUGGUUGACGUUUAUGAGGGUAACAGUAUACAUAUUAAAGAAGAGCAGUAUUGUAAAAGGGAGUAAUGACAGUUUACAAUAGCCAAUAGUUUUUAAAAUAGAUUUACUAUUGUAACCUUCUAUCAUUCAUCAUGCUUUAAUUAAAGAAAGGUGCUUGCCAGAUGCUGUUUGAGUCAUUACAUUUAGAGCAGUAAUAAUCGGGUGUCAGUUGUGUUUUUUCUCAUUAAAUUUCCAGUUGUCUGCAGUUCCUGUGUCUGCUAAACUUUCCUUUGGUGUAUUGCAUCUUUAUCUGAAAUCUCCUUUAUACGGCUGUUGUAUUAUCAAUUAAGCAAAUGUAUACAAAUAUGGUGAAUGUGCCUAUCAUCUGUAAUAAAGCGUGAAUGAAGGUCGAA